AGAGAGAGAGAGAGAGACUGCAGUAAACACCCUGCCGAGCCCCGGCGCUCACACUCACCAUUAAACCAGAGUGUGUGUGUGUGUGUGUGUGUGUGUGUGUGUUUAACUCACCGAGGUUUAAACUCAACUCACACCGGAUCCGCGGAUAAAAGCUUUAUUUAACUGAAGAUUUCCAAAAAGUCAAGGACGUGUGAAGUCACCACAAUGGUUCUAUAACACCUCUGUAAUAACACUCUUGAGUAACUGUUGGUUCUGUUGGAGUUCCUGAAGAACGCUUGUUGUCACACACAGUCACAGUCUUGGCAAGAUGGCCAUGGUGCAGAACAACCGUCCCGAGAAGGACCAGACUCUGCUCAGAGUGCCGGUAAAGAGGCUGAUGCGAGAGAGGCAAAUUGAAGCAGCGCCCAUAAAGAAGCGCGUAAUGGCGGCGCUUAAUUUGUCAUGCAAAAAGGCCUCUGAGUCGUCGUCAAGGACUCCUGUAAUAAAGACCGAACAUGUAGAGAAAGACUCAGAGUUUCUUAACUAUCAACAUGUCUCAAAGGGACAAGACGGACGAGACAGCGCUCUGGACCUGAGCCCGGCUCUGAGACACACUCUGGCCCAGUUUACUCUGAGCAGCCAGUGUUCUUUAGGAGGCCCUGCUGCUUUUUCAGGUCAAUACAGCCAGGAGAAGCUGGCUCCGUCUCUCAGCCAGGCCAGCGUGGCAGUCGGGCCCUUACUGGUGCCUCCCGACAGCUCCACAGAGCUCGUGUUGUGCACACUGGAGGGCGAAUCCAUUUCCUGCUUCUCAGUGGGAGGUGAGCUGCGCCUCUGCUUGCCUCAGGUGCUCAACACGGUGCUGCGAGAUUUCUCCCUUCAGCAGAUCAACUCCGUGUGCGAUCAGCUCUACGUUUACUGCUCGCGCUGCAACGCUUCCCAGCUGCACGUCCUCAAAGUGCUGGGCGUUCUCCCCGCUGGCGCGCCUUCCUGCGGCCUCAUCACGCUCACCGACGCCCAGCGGCUCUGCAACACCCUGCUUCACCCGGGCGACAACCUUCCCACCGGCACGCAUAAGGACCGCCGGCUGGCCGAGGAAGAGGAGCGAGAAGCCGAGGAAGCCGGAGGGUUCUGGGUGGAGCAUCAGUGCCUGGGGAAGUGCCAAGGCCUGUUCGUUCCUCGGUUCUACGCUGCGCCGGGCGCGCCGUGCAUCCGUUGCUCACAGUGCCGACAGCUUUUCUGUCCGGAACGCUUCGUCAUGCACUCGCACCGGCAGCCGGACAAGCGGACGUGUCACUGGGGAUUCGACUCCGCCAAGUGGGCGUGUUACCUCCAACUGGGGCGACGGUACUACGGCACCACAGAGGAGGGGAAACUGGAUCAGCUUCUGGAGGCCAUGAAACUCAAGUUCAGCGGGAUUCGUCUGGACACCAAAACAUCACAUCUGGAGACUGCCCGGGUGGAGGAAGGGUUAAAUCUGUGUUCUGGGAAAGAGAAAGUGUGUGAGAGUGGUUCAGAUGGAAAGGCGGCGGCGGCGGCGGCGACUGGAUUCCCGGGGUACGUGUUCAAUCCGUGUCUCCUCACCAACCUAAAGGAGGAUCCCAGACACCUGGACCUCAUGUGGCAAAGUUGGUAUCUUUACAUGCACGAUAAGCUGAGUGUCUCCGGCGCGGCCCUGGACUCUGCACGUGCUGCUGAUAAAGACGCCGGCGUGCCGAGAGCGGAGACGCUGAAACCCACGAGGAAAGCGCCCGAGGUGGCCGAGGAGGAGGAGCGUAAAACAUCUGCAGGGGGCAAAAAAACAAGUCGUCCUGUCAGCCAAUCACAGCGCAGAGAUCCGGGCGAGCGGCCCAGGGUUUCCAUAGAAACGCCGGCAUGUGAGAAGUCUUUGGAGGAGAACAAGGACAGCAUGGUGGUGGAGGUGCUUCAGAUGUACAACGCUCAGCAGGAGAAGCUUCAGUCCACGCUACGCAAGCAGCAGCAGCUGGAAAAGGUUCUUACUCCUCACGAGCUGCAGGCUCUGCGCAAGGCCGACGCAGACGAGCUGGGGGAGGUGCAGGCGCAGCUGCAGACAGAGCAUGCUCAGAAGAUAGAGGUGGAGCAGGAGGAGCAGCAGAGGCUUCGGUGCAGCGUGGAGCCGCAGCAGAGCUGCAAGUGCCGGGAACAGCAAGAGAGCCGUUACGCUGCGCAGUUGCUGGAGCUCCGUCAGAGGUUGGACCGGGCCGAGGAGGACCGCGAGGAGCUGCAGGAUGAGCUUCGGCGUGAGCGUGAGGCCCGAGAGAAGCUCGAAAGGAUCAUCUCGGAGCUCCGACAGCAGAUAAAGGAGGCGGUUCCUCCGUCGGCACUCGACAGCCCAGUCUCCACCUCGUCCAGCGACGUGCUCCUGUCUCCCGCUCCGUAACCCCGCCCACACAGCAUCAUCAUUUCACCACACCUUUACUUCAUGGACAAUUCGUCGAGAACGUUAGGUUUUCGUCAGCGCACUUCAUUAUUCUGUGUGGGCAAAAAACUAUCCUUAACUAACUAAAAUACUAUCCUACAUUUUUUCUUUUUGUGAUAAAAAGCAUUAACUUUUUAUGUCAUUGUUUAUGAGUAUGCAAAUUUUCAUGCAUGUAUAUGAACUCUGAGUGUAUGUGUGUGUGUAUAUAAAAUUUUCACAGUUAAAUAUUCAGCGUUGAUCUCGUGCGCUGACUACUGUUUGAAAAAAACAAACAAAACAAAAACUCAAAAUAGAUUUUAGAUUUUUUAAAAGUUGUAAUAUGUGCUAUUGUUUAUUAAAAUAAAGUAUUUAUUACAAUGUUUUAUUGUUAGAUGUUAUUGUGAGCAAACCUUUAUGAAAAAAAUAAUUUACACGCUUAUAGGUAUAGGUACGUUAAUGUUUAUUUUUAUCAUGUUACCGGGAUAUUUCGGUCCAUUUUUUUUGUUUAAAAUAUCAGAAUUCCCUGGACUUUAAAUCCAGAGUGACAUUCCAUACCCCUGAGCGUUAUCUCCUUCUCUUCAUAUCAUAUUUUUGGAUUUUACUCGCUGCACCUUUAAGCCGUGUAUGCACAGUGAGAAUGUAAGAUGCUGUAUGUAUGCAUGUGCGCUGAAAUAUAUAGUGAUUAUAUUAACGAGUUUACACCAUCAUAUACGGUUUAAAAAAGAAUUAUGUACAUAAUUGUUUUGUAAAAUGUUCUAAUGUUUUCUUUCUCUAAAAUUCUGUUUUCUUUUGAAAUUUUUAUCGGAUUUCUGAAGUUAAAAACAUUUCAGAUAUAAAAAAGUGUGUGUAUAUAUAUAUAUAGUUCUUUAUUAUUGUCACACGAUAGGAAAUUAUCACACCUGUGUGUUCUCAGUUUAGAUGAACAGGGUUUAAUAUAAAAACGAAAUAACUUGAGAAUCGUGCCGUGAGCGCGAGCGGACGAGUGGACAUGCUCGUGCUCCACGCCGCGGCUCUUCGCGACAAUCACACGGAAUGUUGAAUUCCUCGGACAGAAACACUUACAGACUGAGCUGAUGAUGUUGUUGCUACCUCAGAUGAAGAGUGUAUAAGCUGUGUAUCUGUCUUUUCCUACUGUGUGGACUGAUGGAGCUCUGAAAUUACCUCUGUGCUGUUUCUAUGCUGCUUUAUGAGCGAAGUGUUAUCGGCUUUCUCACAUCGGCUCGGCGCCUGAUGCAUGUGGAAUAUUAAAGUCAAAGACAUUUCUUUCUCCUUAUAAACACAGAGUACUUCUUUAUUUCUUUUUCUUCUUCUCCAUCCUUCAUGUGUGCUGAUGUUUUUUCUUGUGUCACUCUCACACUUUUUUAUGUCACUAGGAUUCAUUCUAUUAUAAUUUAUCGUUGAGAUUAACAAUAAAAACACAAAAAUUAA